AUGAAGUCUACAACCAUCGCCGCUGCCAUUCUGGCCUCAGUUGCUGUUGCACAGCCUCAUGGCCACAACCGUCACCACCAUGACAAGCGAGAACUAGUUACCGAGUGGGAGACCGUUUGGGAAACGGCCACCGUCAUAAUUGAUGACGACUCAACUCAGACAAUUCCUCCCUCGCCUCAGGAGACAAGUUCGGACACUCCCAUCCAGUUCUUUGAGACGCCUUCCACUACCUCUAGCAGUGCUGUCGAGACCCCUAAGGUUGAGACUCCCAAGGUUGAACCUUCGACACCAACUACUAUUAUCAGCAUUGCCCAGUCUACCUACCAGGCACCGUCUCCUCCAGCCCCUACAAGCACGUAUGAGGCGGCUCCUUCUCAGCAGACUACGGAAACUCCCGCAGCACCCUCGACUAGUACGUACGUCGCUGCGCCUCCGGCAACUUCAAGCAGCUCCGGUGGUAGCUCCGGUGGCAGCACAGGCAGUGACGGAAUUCCGUACGGCGAGAAGUUCGACGGCGAAAUUACGUAUUACAAUGCUGCUUUAGGCGCCUGUGGUUACGAAGACGUAGGAAAGGACGAUUCUGAAAACAUUGUCGCUAUUCCCAAACAGUUCUGGGACAACAUCAGCACGGCAACCAGCUAUGGUAUCAACCAGCCGGCACACCCGCUCUGUGACAAGACCAUCACAAUCACUACCUCCGACGGCAAGACAACCAAGGCUAAGAUUCGUGACCGCUGCGACGGCUGUGUUAACCUGGCCAUCGAUGUCACCCCCCACACCUUCCUCGACCUGUUCGACUCCCUGGACGGUGGUCGUCUUGAGUGCAGCUGGACUAUUGACGAGUAA